AUGAUACAGGAUUAUGAGAUUAUACGGAAAUUAUGGGAUGGUCGUAUUCCGGUGCAGUUUGUUCUUGAUAAGCUGGAAUUCAUUCAGUGUUCAGCUAAACCAUUCUGUAUUAUGGUUCCAAGCAUGACUUAUUUUCCUCUAGUUUUACCACGGGUUUUGCAGUAUUUUGUGGCUAUUGUUGACCAUUUUGAUGCGGAUUCAGUAUGGCUACGGUACAACACUAAACCAUUGAAAUGGCAUUAUCCAGUAGGUGUCUUGUUUGAUUUAUUGAAAGCGGAUGAUCUUUUACCGUGGACUAUUGUGCUGAAAACCAAGGACUCUCCAAAGGAAGUGAUGCGAUUCAGGGGUAAUGACUUGGAGAGCUCAUACAUUCAGUCAGUUAAAGAAGCUGAUCAACUGAAGCACAAAGCUAGGGUGGUCAAUUCAAUGAAGGUUGAUGAACAUCGGCAAUUAUGGAGCAGUAUACUUCAUGACAAAUUUGAUGAAUUUUGGGCUAUAAAUAAGAAAUUGAUGGAAGCUAGUGAAAGUGAACCCAUACUACAUAUUCCUAUUCGUAUUUAUCAGGUCGAUUGUUCUUUUCAACAACCGCUAAUUACGCCUUUUGACGAGUCUGAUCAAGCACGUACUAUUGCUGAUGCACUCAAAGCUGUAAAUAUUGACACUCAGUUACCCGUGAUCUCUCAUGGUAUUAAAAUACCCCCAACAACCCCACUUAUUUGGAUGGUACAGAAUUUUUCAUACCUUGAUAAUUUCAUUCAUGUUGUCGUUCUCCCACCUUCAGCAUAA